AUGACAACUACAUUGGAAAGUUUUCAAUCUUUAUUUAAUGGAAGUACAAAAAAUAAAAGUUAUCGAACAGAUAGCGGAAAAGUUCAUACAAUAGAUUGGAAUGUUGAUGGAAGUCGUCUAGCAAGUGGAUCGUUAGAUAAAAGUGUUGUCAUAUUUGCGUAUGAUGGAAAAGGUUCAAUGGUAAAAGAUCGAACUUAUCGAGAACACGGAGAAGAAAUAAAUCAACUUGCAUGGCAUCCAUCUAUUUCACAUAAUGUGGCAACAGCCAGUGGAGAUCGUUUAGUUAAAAUAUUUGAUACAAGAACAGAUCGUUCGAGCACAACUAUAGAAACAAAAGGAGAAAAUAUCAAUCUAGCUUGGUCACCUGAUGGUACAACAUUAGCUGUUGGUAAUAAAGAUGAUCUUAUCACAUUUAUCGAUGUUAAAACUUCAAAAAUCAUACGCGAAGAACAAUUCCGCUAUGAAGUCAAUGAAAUUUCGUGGGAUCGAACUGGUAACCUUUUUGCUGUUACUACUGGCCAUGGUUCAGUUGUGUUUUUCGAUGCACCCGGUAUUCAAAAAGAAAAAGAUAAACCUUUAGAAGAAUUACAUUGUUUAACAGCACAUACAGGCAAUUGUAUCUGUCUAGAAUUUGAUACAACAGGAAAAUAUUUUGCUGUUGGUGCUGCUGAUGCAUCGGCAUCAAUAUGGGAUGUUUCUCAACUUGUUUGUCUUACUGUUCUUACAAGAAUUGAAUGGGCUGUACGUGGUCUUAGUUUUGGUUGUCAAUCACAAUUAAUUGCAUUAGCUUCAGAAGAUCCUUAUAUAGAAAUUGCUAAAGUCGAUACUGGUGAACGUGUCCAUGCUUUGAAAUGUGAUGUACAAACAUUAGCAGUUGCAUGGCAUCCGAAAGCAUCUGUCCUAGCUUAUGUUCAAGAUGAUGACUCAGGGAGUGUACGUCUAUUUGGUGUACUCGAUUAA